AUGAACUUAACAUCAAUGAAGCAAAAUGAAGUUUAUUUCAAAAGAAUUGUAAACGACUGGAAAGAUCCAUGGGGAAAUAGAAAAAACCCUAAUGCAGGACAUAUAUCCGCUUUUGUGGAUAUUAGAUUCGCGAUACUUAAUUUUCCUCAUGAGAACAUUACAGAAAAAAUGGCAAAAGUUCACGAAUAUAAUUAA